UUCAAUCCAGCCUCAGCAUCCUCCCCCUCCCAGAAGAGGAAAGCCUACAAGCGGUGUGUGCGAGGUGUUUUUGUCCGCUACCAUGGUGGAAAUUACGGAUAUCGUGUGCCUUCUCGUCCCGCUGGUGAUGCUCGCGGGGUCUACCUUCCAGACCGACGUGAAGAGCGUCAAAGAAGCGGAAAAGACGGGGAAUUUUAUGGAAGACGAGCAGUGGCUGUCCACCAUUUCACAGUACAGCCGCAAGAUCAAGCACUGGAAUCGCUUCAGAGACGAGGUAGAGGAUGAUUAUGUCCGUACCUGGGAUGAAAAUCAAGGUUCUAUUGACAAUGUAGACACCACCAAGGACCCCUGUCAAAAGGUUAAGUGCAGCCGACACAAGGUGUGUAUCGACAAACUUGAACACAGACUGAAGCAGCCUGCUCUCAGGUCUCCUGAUGGAAACUGUCAGCCCUGUCCCAUCUCCUCCACUGGGCCUGUGUGUGGAUCAGAUGGACGCAACUAUGCCUCAAAGUGCAAGCUGGAACAGCAGGCGUGUCUUACGGGGAAGGAGCUUACCCUGAGGUGUUCAGGUCUGUGUCCUUGUCCAACUGCUGCCCCUACAUCCAUGGAGAGUAAACAUGAGAGCUGUACUGGACAGGAUCUGGCUGAUCUCGGGGAGCGUCUGAGGGACUGGUUCCAGCUACUGCAGAGCAAUGCCAAGCAGAACAACAAUAGCAAGACUGGGGCCAGAACCACUGCAGCUAGCACCACCUCAGUGCUGGACAGGAGCCUGGUGGCCAGCUGUAAGGACUCCAUAGGCUGGAUGUUUUCCAAGCUGGACACCAAUGGCGACCUGUACCUGGACCAGGCUGAGCUGGCUGCCAUCAAUCUGGACAAGUACGAGGUCUGCAUCCGGCCCUUCUUCAACUCCUGUGACUCCUACAGGGAUGGCAAGGUCUCCACUGCCGAGUGGUGCCUCUGCUUCUGGAGAGAGAAGCCACCCUGUCUGACUGAACUCGAGAGGAUUCAAGUACUAGACGGCGGCAAGAGAAAGUUUGGUCGAUUCAUCCCGAGCUGCGAUGAGGACGGCUACUACAGGAAGCAGCAGUGUGACAGGGGAGAGUGCUGGUGUGUUGACCAAAACGGAGUAGAAGUAGCCGGAUCUAGGAUGCGUGGCAAGCCAGAUUGUGAUAAUGAAAUGGCAUAUUCAGGUGAUAUUGGCAGUGGGGUUGGAUGGGAAGACGAGGAAGAGAAAGAGGCUGAGGAGACUGCAGAGGAGGCUGAAGAGGAAGAGGUGGGAGAGGUAGAUGAUGGAGGCUAUAUCUGGUAAACGUGUCCAACCUCUCUACAGGAGCAUCUUGAUGGUCCCGAACACAAACACACACACACAACACACAUAUCCUGCAAAAAGAUGAAAGUGGUGAAGCUCUCACAACACUGGCUUAUGAAAAAGCGAAGGGAGAGGGUUGCACGGAUUAGGUCAGGGAAGAUGCAUAUGUUAUGGGUGUAUUUAAUGUUACAGGAUGUACUUUAACAGGCAGGGGAAGGGGACAUAUCACUAUUUGGAAAUUAUGGGUCUGGCGUUGGGUUUUGUCCCUCAUACUUGUGAAUCUUUGUUCUCUUCUGUUGUAAGUCCUUGGAACUAUCUUUGAGCAGUUUUUAGCUGAUGCAUAAUGGAGACUUUAAGCAGCUGCAGGUGCUUGUCGUGUGCUUGCAUAAAGAAAUGGAGAAAGAUCGGGUGCAUUUCAAUAGUCCAAAUUGGCCUCUUUCAUCUUUUCUUUCUGCAGAUUAACAACAUUGAUAUAACCAGUUUUGGUUUCAGGCAGGAAACGGGCGAUAAAGAGAGGAAGCCAUGUUAGGAUAUUGAAAAGCACCCUUUGUCUUUACCGUUUUCAUGUCAUUUGCUUCGGCUCAUAUGUGACUGUAGUAACUCAUGACUUAUUAAAAACAAAAAAAAGUUUCUCACGCAUCACUCUUUAGCUUGUAUAUAAUGUGUGUAUCAGAAGACAGACUGUCACCUAUUAGUCCCGUUAUUAAUACCUUGAAAGCCUAGCAGAAUAUACUGCUUAGUUGACAAGUGUACAUCCUAUCAUAA